GUCGCCGCCACUUGUCUUUCUCCCCUCCAUCUUAGUUUCCCCCGGGUUCCUCAGUUUACUCUUCAAUUUUCGUUACACGCCUGCAUUGCCGUUUCAUCUCACCGCCAGUUCUUCACGAAACCAUGAGUAUAGCUAGGAAGAUAAAGAUGGGAACCGAAGGAUAUGGAAGGUUCAGUCGGUUCAUUUCGAAUCUCUCUCGUCAGAAUGGUGACGAUGUUAAGAUCCUUCCAGCACUGUCCAACAUGUUUGCAAAGCAGGAUCAAGACAGAUUUGGAUCUGGUGGGAUGAAUUCUUUAAGGAUGCUUGCACUCCUUGGAGCUAGUGUUUCGGGACUUUUGAGCUGUGCAACUGUAGCAUAUUCUGACGAGGCUGAACAUGGCUUGGCAUGCCCUAACUAUCCAUGGCCUCACAACGGCAUCCUCAGUUCAUAUGACCAUGCUUCGAUCCGUAGGGGUCACCAAGUCUACCAGCAAGUUUGUGCAUCUUGCCACUCUAUGUCGUUGGUAUCAUUUCGUGAUCUUGUGGGUGUGGCGUACACUGAAGAAGAGACAAAGGCCAUGGCAGCUGAAAUUGAAGUGGUAGAUGGGCCUAAUGAUGAAGGUGAGAUGUUUACAAGACCUGGCAAGCUAAGUGAUCGUUUUCCUCAACCAUAUGCAAAUGAACAAGCAGCCAGGUUUGCUAAUGGAGGAGCAUAUCCUCCUGAUUUAAGUCUCAUCACAAAGGCCCGUCAUAAUGGCCAGAACUAUGUGUUUGCACUUUUAACUGGAUAUUGUGAUCCUCCAGCUGGUGUCACGAUUCGAGAAGGGCUGCACUAUAAUCCUUACUUUCCUGGUGGGGCAAUAGCAAUGCCCAAGAUGCUUAAUGACGGUGCUGUUGAAUAUGAAGAUGGUACCCCAGCAACAGAGUCACAGAUGGGGAAAGAUGUUGUGACAUUUUUGACAUGGGCUGCUGAGCCGGAAAUGGAAGAGAGAAAACUGAUGGGAUUUAAAUGGAUAUUUGUGCUGUCACUCGCCCUUCUUCAAGCAGGUUACUACCGGCGCUUGAAAUGGUCAGUUCUGAAGUCACGAAAGCUGGUCCUUGAUGUAGUUAAUUAAUCUCUUUGCUAUUUCUUUAGUUUAGGACAUUGGUUGGCAAUAAUGCUACAUUAUUAUAUGGGAUGUAGGAAGAAACCCAUUUCAAUCUUGAUUCUUUAAGAAAGGAUACUAAAUAAGCUGCUCUUAGACAAGAUACUUUACACCUUAUUUGUUUUCUAAAAAGGAAUGAAAUUGCUAUUAUUAUUUUCA